AUGACUGGCCGAGCUGCACCAGUUCAGAUAUCCCCAGGCAAAGGCCUAGGCAAUAUCACACUGGGCGCGUCGCUGCACAAUAUCUUGACAAGAGUCAAAUCUCAUCCCCAAACAUAUCCUUCCAUCGAUCUCGCAUACUCCUCCUGUGAUCCGCUCCGCAAACCUGUGGUGUUGAACUUACCGUCCAACGGCUUACGGCUACGAUUUGAUGGUCCAGACCAGAGACUCCGUCUGAUUGAGGUACUGGACUUUUCCAAGGCGGACCUAGUCUAUAAGAACCAGGAUGUUCUCAAGAGUGGCAAGUCCACCGAGCCAACCAUGUCUUCCCAAGGACCUAGUUUCCGACAUGUCUACAACCGCCUAUUUGGUCCGUCGUACCCAGGUGAAUACGUCCCGCCGGCGGAACAGUCACCAUACGGCACCUACGUCCUGUCCUACCCGGGAAUAGCUUUUUCCUUCCCUCUUCAACACUCCGCCUGGUCCGAGCAUUGCGACUUUGUAGCACUGCUCUCAUCCUCCGCUGCUUUGUCAGCUACCUCCAUGGCCAUCUUCCAAGGAUCCUCAUGGCCAGAGGCCCGAGCAAAGCUAUUCACUCAACAGCCUCAAUACCCACGCUCUCUGGCAGUGGUGAGCAAAGCACGCGACUCAUUUGCCGACGAGAUUGAAGAGUUCCACAUCUUCGGAUCCGGAAAACUAGAAGUAACCAGACGGAUGAGUGCGCCGUUGCAGAUCAACCUAGGAGAGACUACGCCCCAGGAUUUAAUUGCAGAAUUCGGCCCUCCGGAUGCCAUAUAUCGUAAGAAUGACCGACGCAUUUCCAUCCAUCGAGCCGCAGGUGGCGACGCACUGCACCUAAGCCCAUCGCCCGGUCGAGGUAUGGACAUCACAGACACUGAUCACUCCUCCAACAACAGCGUGACAGAUGAUUCGGACGAAGAAACCUUGUCGUCGAGCAUCAGUGACCCGGCUUCAUUGCCCUCAGAAUGCUUCUUCAACUACUUCCACCACGGCUUUGACGCCUUCAUCUCACAUCCCACCGCGCCGGGUCCGGCGUUUCCAACCUCUGAACUACCAGACUCAUCGCCCCAGCCAUCAGUAUCACCACUGACCGUAACCAAGAUUAUCUUGCAUGGCAACGUGCCCGGGUCUUACCCGUUCAACCGUCAUCGCCGAAGCCGCUGGGCUAUCCACCUUGACCAGUCCGGCAACGGUCUGACUUCCGAGUCACCGUACGACGAGAUAUCCUCACAACUACGUAGCAUGUGGAAAGGGUCAUACGCAAAUGCGAGUGAAGAACGCGCUAUGCAACGGCCGAUGGUUCUCAACCGCGGCUGGGGCGAUAGUCCCGAGAGUAGCGUGGAGUUCCUCGGCGGCUGGGAAGAGACCACGUCCAAAGGACCGCGAGCGGGUGGUGAUGGUCACGAUGGCGGGUUAGGAAAUACCGAGCUCUUCGGGUUUCCGGGACUGCUGUUCGAGGUGCUGAAGAAUGGCGCUGUGAGCUGCUUGACCGUCUAUUAA